GUGGGAGAGGGGGAAGAGAAGCGACGUGAAAGAGUGUUUUGUUGUUGUAUUGCUCUUUUUUGGAGUUCUCACUUUUCAGCUUUUCUCACUGUGGUUUUCUUAUCGGUGUACGUGAUGUCAUGUCCAUAGCUUGCGUCCAUCGCAUCGCAGACAUGAAGGCCGUACUUUUCGCACUUUUUCUCGUCAAAGCAUGUGCUUUCCCGAACAUGGAUUACUUGGGGAAGCAAGCUGCCCUGCUUCCUUUUUUUAACUCCGUACCGGGAACAUUUGACGACUUUGGACAAACUACGCACACGAUUGCAAAGCUUACGGGAGUGCUUCCCGAAAGGCAGUGGAAGAACGAAUCUUUCAGGAGAACAAAUUUGUUUGAAACCGCAAAGAGACUCAAUCUCACGAAGCUCGUCGAAGCCAUUAUUCAAGCUGGCAUCGAGAGGGUUCUGGAUCACGAAGGUCCGUUUACUUUGUUUGGACCUACGAACGAAGCCUUUGCCGAUGCCCCCGAGUACUGUUCAAAUGUGCCCUUGAAAGAAAUCAUCAAGACUCACGUUGUAAGGGGUGCAUGGAAAACUUCCGACUUAAAAAAUAACAUGCAGCUGGAUAGCAUAUCGGAAGGGAGGAAAGUCAGGAUCAACAAAUAUCAGCACAACAACAAAACAACGGCAUCGGGACAAGUGAUAUCUGGCCCAAACAACAUCGCGUCCAACGGAGUUCUGCAUGUCUUGUCGGGUGUCAUGUGCUCCAUGUACAAAGGAGGCGCGAUAUAUGAACUUAGUCGCUGCCCGUCGUUCAGCGUCUUUACAAGAUUGGUUGCCAGGGCCAACUUAAGCAGCAGUAUUGACAACAGAGGCCCACUCACCCUGUUUGCGCCCGUGAACAGAGCAUUCGACAAAUUAAGCCCCGCGAUCGUGAAGGAACUGACCAGCAACGUCACUCUGCUCAGAGAGGUUCUGCUGCACCACAUUGUACCGGACACGUGGUAUACUGCGGGAAUGUAUGAUGGACAGAAGCUGAAGACCUUGCAUGGAGACAAGCUAUCUGUCUCAUUUAGCAACAUCGUCUACGUGAACAACGCAACGAUAGUCUUGCCUGAUGCCACUGUCAGCAACGGAGUUGUCCAGUCAGUCGAUGCUGUUCUUCUCCCGAAAAUGCUGAGGAAGCAUAGUGCUUACACUGUUGGGUUAAGUGAACAAUCCGUCAGCCUUGUGUGAUCAAACACAACCUUAAUGUUUUCUAGUCCCACAUAAUCUGCUUUUGUUAUGCAUUUCACUGCGUUUACCUGUAUGAUCAAAUUGUAAGCCAAAGUAGUGGCAAGCCGAGCUGCAGAUUUAUUUGUAUCCUACACGCUCUGGCUCAUUGUGCACUUAAAAGUUGGCAGGUCACACGACAAUGCAUGGAUUUAUGUUCUUAUAGAAACCAAUAAAUGAUUUGUUAUUGUUAA